AGGUCACUAGGCCAGAAUUUCGUCACGUCAGAGGAGGUCCUCCAGCGGAUCAUAGCAUCUGCAAAGAUAAGAAGGGGUGACAAAAUCUUGGAGAUUGGACCAGGAUUGGGAUCCUUGACAGACUGCCUCCUCGAUUGCGGGGCUUCAGUACUGGCCAUUGAGAAGGACGACGUCCUCUAUGGGCACCUACAACAGAAGUUUGCAAAGGCACAUCCCCAACCUCAUACUAAAGAGCCUGCUGUGUCUCUCAUACACAGCGAUGUUCUUUUGCUCAAGAAUAUCAGGCAGAUACUGGAUGAUUUCAAAGGGGACAGUGAACAGCCCUCUGUCAGAGUGGUGGCCAAUAUACCAUACAACAUCACUUCUGAUGUGCUGAAGAUGAUGUUGCCUUUGAAACACCAGCUUUCACAUGUGCACCUCCUACUAGAGGAUGGGGCAGCGAGGCGGUUGACUGAGGCUAGACCUGGAGACAAAGAUUACAGCAGGGCUAUAUCUGUGCUCAUCAAUUUCUAUGCCAACCCAAGAUACUCAUUCAAAGUCGGCAGGAACGCUUUCUUUCCAGAGCCGCAUGUUGACUCAGCUUUCACGGAAUUUGCGCUUGCCUCAAAGACCGACCAGCUGCAUGGCGCUGGAGAGCAAGAGUUUCUGGACUUUGUUAGUGCAGCUUUUGUAUCCAAGCGCAAAACGCUUGUGAACAACCUGAAAGUGAGGUUUUCACCGGACGCUGUAAUAAAAGAACUGACAGCUCUGAGGAUUGCGAGCACAGCUCGUGCAGAAACGUUGACCGUUGAUGACUUCUUACAGCUA